CCACUAUGGAAAGUAGUCUUUGAUUCUCCCAGGCGAGUGGGGGGCCGGUGGUCCUUUGGGGGAGCCUGGGGCAGUCCAUCUUUCUCACUAACAUUACUGCGUAAGUCAAUGCAAUCGAUGGGAUGAGGUGUCUAACAAGCAACGUAAAGGACUUGGAUUACCAAAAUCAGAAACAGAGCGAAAUUCGAGCCUUCCCAUCUGGGGCAAUUCUGACAUUGGGAACGAAAUCAACAGAACACGGAAUCAGCUCGUUGUUACCGUUUGCACUGCCUCUGAUCCCAAAUGGAAAAACAAGACUCAGUUGACAUUCAGUCAGGAAAAAGCCCCCAUGCCAUCAAGGCUGGGAGGAGUGGGGAAUUCUGGGUAAGAACCAUGCGGAAAUAUCUGACUGAGGAAACCACCAAUUCAGACGGAGAGUGCCAGCGCUUCAGGCACUUCUGCUACCAGGAAGCCGAGGGGCCCCGAGAGACGUGCAGCCAACUCCACCAUCUUUGCUGCCAGUGGCUGAAGCCUGAAAGGCACAGCAAGAAGGAGAUCCUGGACCUGGUGCUCCUGGAGCAGUUCCUGGCCGUCCUGCCCCCGGAGAUGGAGAGCUGGGUGAGGGAAUGCGGGCCGGAGAGCAGCUCCCAGGCGGUGGCCCUGGCAGAAGGCUUCCUCCUGAGCCAGGCAGAGGGCGAGGAGCAGCAGCAGCAGGUACCAGAGCCAUCAGGAAAGAUGGAGGAGGCACCGUUGCACCCCAGAGAGAAGCUGCUGUGCCAGGGAAUCAUGCCAAAGAGUGACCUGGGAGCUGCAGCGAUGGGUGAUGGCGUCAGAUCGGUGAGGCGUAGUGGGAUCUCUCUUCCUUGUGAGGGAAUGGAAACAUUUUCUGCGCGACCGGACCAGGAUCCCGUGACCUUGGAAGAGGUGGCUGUGUAUUUCUCAGAGGGGGAGUGGGCUCUGCUGGACCCAGGCCAGAAAGCACUGCACGGGGAGGUCAUGGAGGAGAACCGCAGGAGUCUGGCCUCCCUGGACUGGGGAGGAGAAAAUAAGAGUGAUCCUCAUGGACUGUUAUUUGAAAGAGCUGGAUGUCAAAAAAGGAAAGAGGACAGAGGAGAAACUGGAACAGGAGAGAACGAAUCCUUUCCUUCUUGGGGUGGUGACUUUCAUGACUUUCCAGUCCAGGAGAGAACAGAUGAGGAUCAGGAAAAGAAGAAAGGAACUGUUGAUUUGGAAAGCUUCAGCCAUAAGCUAAGCCUGAAGGCUCAUUGGAGAAGCCACACAGGAGAUGAACCAUAUGAAUAUUUGGAGUCUGGAAGGACCUUCAGUCAAAGCACAACACUUAGUUCCCGUCAAAGAAUCCAUAGAGGUGAGAAACCAUAUAUUUGCUCAGAGUGUGGGAAAAGCUUCAGUCACCGCCCAAGCCUAUUUAGACACCAAAGAAUCCACAAAGGGGACAAACCAUACAAUUGCUUAGAGUGUGGGAAGAGCUUUAGCGAGAGGCUCAAUCUAGCAAGACAUCUAACAGUCCACAAGAGGGAUAAAUCGCUUAAAAGCACAGAUGGCAAGAUGGAUCAACUUUGUUCAUUAAGCCUUCAAAAACACCAGAGAGUUGAGAUGGAGGAGAAACCACACAAAUGCUUGGAGUGUGGAAAGAGUUUCAAACAGAAGAUAAACCUUAUUUCCCAUGAAAGAAUUCACACAGGAGAGAAACCCUAUGAAUGCCUGGAGUGUGGAAAGCGCUUCAGACAAACAACACACCUUAUAUCACAUGCAAGGAUUCACACUGGUGAGAAACCGUAUCAGUGCUUAGAAUGUGGAAAGAGUUUUAGUCAGAGCACAACUCUUAGCUUGCAUCAAAGUAUUCACACAGGGGAAAAACCAUAUAAGUGCUCAGAGUGUGGAAAAAGCUUUCACCAGAGGACAAAACUAAUCACACACCAAAAUGUUCACACAGGCGAGAAACCAUUUAAAUGCUUGGAGUGUGGGAAAAGUUUCAGUCAGAGUGCGUAUCUCAUUAGACACCAAGGAAUCCACACAGGAGAGAAACCAUACAGACGCUUGGAACAUAAGAAGAGCUUCAGCCAGAGUGUAAAGCUUACUUUGCAUCAAAGUGCCCACACAAAGGAGAAGCCAUUUAAAUGCCUGGAAUGUGGGAAAUGCUUCACGCAGAGCACAGGUCUCAUUAGACAUCAAGGAAUCCACACUGGAGAAAAACCAUUUAAAUGUUUGGAAUGUGGAAAAGGCUUCACUCAGAGCGCAGAUCUUAUUAGACAUAAAAAAAUUCACACAGGGGAAAAACCAUUUAAAUGCUCAGAGUGUGGGAAGAGCUUCUCACAGAGUAGAUACCUUACUUCACAUCAAAGAAUCCACAUAGGAGAGAAACCAUAUAAAUGCCUGGAGUGUGGGAAGAGCUUCUAUCAGAGCAGAGAUCUUACUUCGCAUCACAGAAUCCACACAGGAGAAAAACCAUAUAAAUGUCUGGAGUGUGGGAAAAGCUUCUCACAGAGUAGAGUUCUUAGUUCACAUCAAAGAAUUCAUACUGGAGAGAAGCCAUUUAAAUGCUUGGAGUGUGGGAAAAGCUUUUUUGCACAGGCAAAGCUAAUUAAUCACCAAAGAAUCCACACAGGGGAAAAACCGUAUAAAUGCUUGGAAUGUGGGAAGAAUUUCAAUCAGAAGAUAAACCUUAUUUCUCAUGAAAGAAUCCACACAGGGGAGAAACCAUAUAAAUGCUUGGAGUGUGGGAAAAGCUUUUGUCACAGCUCAGGUCUGAGGUCACAUCAAAGAAUCCACACAGGGGAGAAACCAUUUAAAUGCUCAGAAUGCGGGAAAAGUUUCAGUCACAGGAUAAACCUUACAUCACAUGAAAAAAUCCACACAGGGGAGAAACCAUAUAAGUGCCUGGAAUGUGGGAAGAGCUUCUGCCAGAGCUCAGGCCUAAAGGUACAUCAAAAUAUUCACACUAGAGAAAAAUCAUUUCCAUGCUUAGGGUGUGGAAAAAGCUUUAGUGCUAAAGAGAAUCUCAUUUCACAUCAAAGAAUAAACUCUGGGUGUUGGAAGAAGGAGCCAGUUAGACAUCAGUUGGUUCCUCCCCCUCUCAGUUCUGAUAUUCUUCCCAUUUCCCAGAAUGCAGUCUGUUCCCAGAACCCUGUGAACCAAGAAUCUAGUCAAGUAGGAAGUUAUCAGUUCUUUCCUAUGUUUCUAAAUGAGGAAUUUAUAGUAGUUCAAACAUGAAAUGCUUGAUUGGAAAUAAAUAAACUGUUGAAAAAGUAAUAACACAGCGACUUUAUGAACGAGACUUUAAAGCGCCAUUUUUUAAAAAAAUGUUAAUCUGAUUAACAAAGGAAGAAGUUUCAAUUUAACUAAAGAAGUCAUUGAUAGAAUACUUUAACCUAAUACGAUCAGCACUGUUUCUUGCUUCCUUUGACAUUAAUAUCAAUUCCUGUUACUUUAUUGUUCCUCUGUACCUUGUCAGUUCUUAUCAGAUUGGCCUAGAUUUUUCCUAUGGCGUGUGUAUUGAUGGUACCUAAACUGGUAUCAUUGCUGGUGUCAAAAGUGAUUUCUUGACUGUUUCUUGCAGGCCCACCCAGGAUUCAGGAGAAAGGCAGGGCUCAGGCAGCAGGCUGCACUUGGGAACAGACCAGAAGUGUAGCCCGGCAGCAGCCAGGGGCUGGGCAGGCAGGCAGAGCAGGCUCUUAUAUCCUCUGAGGAGGGCAAGGGAAGAGAAGGGAGGGCUAGCAAGGGAGGCCAUUGGCCAAGAUUCCUGUCACUCACCUUGGGCCCACACUUGAAGACAGGGCAUUGGGGGAGUGCAGUCUCUCUCCACUCUUGGACCAUUCUUUAUCAGACCAGCCCAGGGAAGGGCAAGGAUGGUGGGACUGACGACUUCCAAGGAGCUGAGGGAGAGGGCAACAAUCACCACCAGCAGCCACCUCCCUCCUCUGCUUUUCGAAUUCUGAGGUUCAUGCACACCUGAACCAAGAAAAGGGGAUGCUGAAGGGUCCCACGGCCCCAGACUCUGAUCAGACACAAGAGAAAUCUGACAGGAUUUAUUAUUUUGAAUAUGGAACAAUCCAACUUCAAUGAACCUACUUUCACACUAUUUCCAAAUAGCCUUAUGGGGAGCAUGCAUCCAAGUUUGACACCUUUCGCUGAAAACUGACUAUUUAGAUCAGAUUUUUUUCCCCUAGUCUGUUGAUGCAAGCCUUAUUUCUGGCAUUGACACCGUCUUUGACACA